AUGGCGAUCCCAGACCACCAACAGCACAAUGCUCCACUACCUCACCAGGACAAAAUCUGUCGCCUUUCCCAUACCUCACUUCCACGACUCGACACCCGUAACGCCCCACCAUAUAUCACACGACGAAUUCCCGAGCCGACGUAUCAGAUGCUUCCUAUCUGUGGCGGUGGGAGGGACGAUGCCAUGCCAGUUCCUCUGUCAUAUUAUGGAGGAGCAAGAUUCGUUGAUAUUGAUGCUGAUGCUGAUUCUGAUGCUGAUAAUGAUGUUGACGCUGACGCUGACAUUGACGCUGACUAUGACGCCGACACCGAGGAGGAUUCAAGCUGUGAUCUAGAAGAAAAGGAUGGUGUUGUGGUCGAGGAGACCAAGAUCAUGGCCAUUACCAUCACCAUGACCGAGAUCGAUACGGAGAUUGAGAUUAAGAUUGAGACCAAGAUCGAAAGCAAGAUCGAGGACGAGAUCGAGACCACUCAAGAGCAAGUGCAAGAGCAAGUGCAAGUGCAAGAGCAAGUGCAAGAGCAAACAGAAGAUCAAGCAGACUCACCAGCGGAAUCAGAACUUUCCAACGACCACGAUCCUCCCUCCAGCGCCACCACUCUCCUUACGUCCACACCAGUCCGUCGAUCUUGGUCAACCAUCUACGAUCAUCUUCGUGAUCAUCUCCAUCUAAUCGAACACAUGACUCGAAUCUCUUGGGUGGCGACGACAUUCAUCGCGACAUGUGCGUAUUAUGCUGUUAAUGGUCCACCAAAAUGA